AUGGCGGCUGGCUAUGAGACGUUUGCGAGACCCCAGUCAAGGACGUAUCUAAGAGAACACGCUCAGGCUGGACUACCGCUGGAUUCCGGGAACUUCGUCGCCUGCAAUGCCAGUGGCGAUUGCUUUAUCGACGCCGCCAAACCCCGGUCCUGGCGCCAGUACGCCGUCUUCGUCUCGGCCGUAGCGCUGUCCACGCUGGCUCUAACGUUCGCGGUGCCUCAGCUGGUGCGUCGUCUGGCCAUGGGCUGUGCCUACCCCGACUGCCAGGACCCGGGCGCAGACAUUGCCCGCUCACUGAAGGAAGUCCGCGUGGACCCGUGCCAGGACUUCUACGGCUACGUGUGCACGGGAUGGCUGCAGGAAAACCCGGACGCAGAAAACCACUUCGAGCGCUGCGCUCAGGGGGCCUUCAACGAGCAGGACCAUCUGGACGAACUGCGUCAGUUCAUGGCGCGCUUCGACCUGGCGUGGCCAGCGUCAAAGCCCAGGACAAAGCAGAAGGUGCUGGACCUCCUGGUGGCCUUCUCCCUGGACUGGGGUCUGCCGAUACUAUUCCAGCUUACCGUGGAUGCACAUUUCCGGCGGCCAGGGUUCCGUGCCCUCCACCUAGGCUCGAGUCCGUACGUGACCGAAUGGGUCGUUGUCCGAGACACGCUGCAGGUGCAAGGAACGCUGCUUGCCUAUUUCGACAAGGCCUCCGUCCUCCUCUCUGGCGUCACCGCCGAUAGCGGCACAGUCCAAGAUAUCCUUGCGGUGGACAACCGUGUCCUCUCGGCCAUGGUGACCUCGACUUUCGAAAUCCACAUGGACACGGAGAUGCGGUACACUUUGUUGAGCCAGCUUGACGAAGUGACCGGACCCGAACUUACCACAAGUGAAUUUCUGGAGGCGGUAAACGCGCACCUGCCCGACCCUCUGGCCCCGAGCAGCGAGAUGUUCGUGAUGAACUGGCAGCUUCUCAUGCUACUGGGCCAGCUCAUGGGUCAGGCUAGCCGGGACGUGGUGCCGCUGCUUGCCUACAUCACGUGGCACGUGAUUCGCGCGCUGGCGCCCAUGACGUCACAUCAACUCGUUCGGGCGCAGCUCGGCGGCAGCCGCAUGGCAGCCACCAUCUACAUGCUAGGCCGCUGCUACGCGGACGCCGACGCGGUGCUGCCGUACGCCUUCGCGCACGUGUUCGCUCGCCGCUGGCUGCCACGUGACGCGGUGAGCGACGUGGCCGCCAUGGAAGAGAGCAUCCGCCGCGAGGCCAACGCCACCAUGAACUCGCUCUCCUGGAUGGACGGGACGACGAAAGCCGUCGCGCUCGAGAAGCUUUCCACCCUCGGCGCCAUCGUGGGCCGGCCGCAGAACCUCGCCUCCGACCAGGCCCUCCAGCUGCUGUACCCGUACCUGACUGCGAUGGGCAGCGCAGGCUCAUACCUGACUCUGAUGAACUCCGUCCGGACGGCACAGUUACGACACGCCAAGCGCUUUCUGAGCGCCAACGGCUCGAUGGAGGGCGAUGUCAGCGUGCCGCUGACCGUGGUCAACGCCUUCUACCUGCCCGUCUACCACGUCAUGGUGAUCCCGGCGGCAAUCCUGCACCCGCCUUUUUACGUGGCCGGCUACCCGCACUCCUACAACCUGGGUAGUCUUGGCCACGUGCUCGGUCACGAGAUGACGCACGCCUUCGAUCCCGACACGGGGCUGUACGACCGCAGCGGCCAGCGCAAGGACUGGUGGACGGCCGGAUCGCGGGUGCAGUUUGAGAACCGCCUGGACUGCCUACGGCAGAUGUACAACACCAUGUCCUGGGCUGAAGGAAUCGCGCACGGGGACUACGCGCUCACCGAGAACUUCGCCGACUCGGGUGGUCUGCUCAAGGCCUACCGAGCGUUCCGUGCGGUGAAAGCCGGCUCAUCGCCAGCGGCGCCGCCGAGUCUGGCGGGCUUCACGGACGAGCAGCUGUUCUUUCUGAGCAGCUGCUUCAAGUGGUGCUCCACGGAAGACAAGCAAGGUGCCGGAUCGUACUCGCCGCCGAGGCUGCGUUGCAAUGUGCCGCUCAUGAACAUGCGCGAGUUUGCUCAGGCGUUCGACUGCGGCUCGGGAAAGACUAUGAAUCCCGCGAGUCGGUGCGACUUCAUGUGA